CUCGGCUUCGUCCUCAGCUCCACUUUUGUUCGUUGAAAGAAAAUACUGAAGAGAGAAAGGAAGAAGAGAACUUCUUCUUGACUUGUGUACUCUUGCAGCUCCCGGGUUGCCGACGCAGUAGUUGCUGCUCUUACUUUCUCUGCUCUCCUCCCAUCUAUCAUCUUCACCAUGUCGGACCACAGCCAGCAGCAGCAGCACGAUAUGAACUCCUACAUAGACUUCAACGGCAUCCAGCUCGACCUCUCCGCCUUCGACAUGGACACCUCCGGUGCACUGCUUGACUUUGACCACCAGAACUCCGACGGCCUGCUCGACCAGAGCGGCCGGUUCCACGACCAGGGCCAGGGCCAGAGCCAGAGCCAGCAGCAGCAUCAGCAGCUGGACCAGCAGCUCCACCAGCAACAACGCCAGCUCCAGCAGCUCCAGAUGCAGAAACAGCUCCAGCAGCAGUUUCAGAGCCCGAUGCACAUGCAGAUGUCUCAGGACUAUCAGCAACCACAGCAGAUGGACCAGCACGCAGGCUCUCAAGGCAGCUCAAUCAUACCCCCCACCCCGUCUUCUAUCGACUUCAAGUCGGGUGUAUUCAACUCGCCCAGUGGCACCAUCGACGCUUACUCCAUGAGAGAUGAGAACAUAUUCACCCCUCUGCUAUCCCCGGCCGUCACUCCUCUCGAACAUCCCAUCUCCAUCCAGAAAGAGCUCGGCUACUCGUCAAACUACUUCUCCCCACUCACAUCUCCCGCGCUAGAAGCUCAGAUAUAUCCCUACAGCUCUGCCUCGCCCGGCGACUCGUCCCUCAGCGGCAGUCUCAGCAAGCACCGCCUGCGCACCGCAAGCUACAGCGGCAGCUCGUCCUCGCCUGCCCAGAAGCCCGUCACCAUUCGUCAAAAGUCCAGUGAAACAAAUCUACAGCGCUCGAGCAAACGACGAGCAACCGCUGCGUUUGCUGCCGCGGCGUCAGCCAACGGAGCAAAUCCCGGAGACGCGUCUUCGUCCGAGAGUAUUUCUCCCGAGCCAUUACUGGCCUUGCCCGAGAGCAGUAUGGCUCCUCCCCCCGUGCCUGUCUCUAAAUCCGGAACCAGCGCCGCUCUGAGAGUCGAUGUUGGUGCAACCACACAACAACAGCAGCAGCAGCACCGACUUGCUCCGGUGACGCCAGCAAGUCUGAUGAACCUCAGCAAAGACCGCGUCGGCAGCAUCACAGAGACAGCUCCAGGCCGCGAUGCCGCGGACGCAAUCAUCGACGGAGUCGCCAGACGGCGGUCGUCUGUGAUUGCUACCUCGCCGCGGUCGGCGUCGAUCGAGCGGAGCCCAAGUCUGAGCGCGAGCGCGCACAGCAGUCCCGCGAUACGGCCACAGUCGCGGAGUUCUGCGCGCGCGGGAAGCGUGAGCAGUAGUCCUGUGAUUUUGCCAAAGUCCUCAGGGAGCGCGACGAUGCGACCGAUCAAGCCCGCGCGGUCACGGUCCGGAAGCGUGUCUGCGUCGCCGAACCUGCAAGUUCGGAUUUCACCGAACUUGAAGCCGUUGCUGCCGGAAGGGGCGGACGAUAUGGCGAUGCUGCUUGCGUCCAAGUCAAACUACCAAAACAUCGUGGAGGGCAAGCAUUCGCAGCUGGGGCUGUCGUAUCCCGAGCAACUGAGCAUAAACCUGACGUCCAAGCGGACAUCGCACAAGAUUGCCGAGCAAGGGCGACGGAACCGGAUCAACAACGCGCUUUCGGAGCUGAACUUGCUGCUGAUUGACAACAUCAACCUGCCGGUCUCGGACGACGACGACGAGGAGAGCAAGAACCAGGUACCGCAGCAGUGCUCGAAAGCAAACACGGUCGAGCUCGCGAUUGAUUAUAUCAAGAAACUGCAUACGCGGAUCGACAAGUUGAAAGUGAAGCUGAAGGAAUCUAACCGCGAGCUCGAGGCCGAGCGGGAAAAGUACUCGAGCGUGGCGUCGGUGUCGUCGAAUGCGGACGUGAGCCCGGUCGCGCAGAUCAGCGAUUGCGCGAUGGAGGGCGGGAUUGACGAUGCGGCGAAGCGGCAAGUGCCAGCACUCAUUGAGAAGUCUGCGGUGAUUGCGUCGUCGCCGGCAGAAAACAUCGAGGAUGUCGAGAUGGGACAAGAGUCGAAGGCAGAGAUACCCCGCAACUAGCCUCUAGUUACUUUUUCGAGCAAACUAGCCUUGCGCUUUUUUUGAGACUCACACUGAUGAUAAUAUACAUAUAUAAUAGUUGUCUUUUGAUUUAUGCUGUUUUAUGGUUGAUCUCUUCUUGCUUAUUAUUUCCCAGUGCGAUAUAUUAAUGAAUGCGAGAAAGAAAGAAAGUAUGUGUGAGUGUAUAUAGAAUAGAAAUGUAAGAAUGGUACAGAUAGUCAAUGUGAAUCAAACAAGUUUACGAUUUUGUGAAGGAAUUCCUACGAUAGUGAAGUAUAUGUAAGCUCAGAGUAUAAAAAGUCCAUUUCCCGCGAAAUUACGAAAUAAGAUAUAACAAAAUUAUCAAGGAGGUUAAGAGAGCUAAGAG